CUCUCUUUUCAAGGGUAACCACAAUAAGAGUUAGACAUUGGUUCCUCUCAACUAAUCACAACACCAACAAGGGCAACAACCGCUACCACCACCACUAACAGUGGCAGCGGCUGCCCCAGCCAAAUGCGCCACUCCUUUCCUCUUUCUCUCACACGCACAGAACAACAUCAUCUUUGCGCCACCCCAUCCACACGCUUAGCAGCCCAGCAGCAGCUCUAAGGCUGCCGCCAAACACGCCACCUCCAUGGCAGCCUCGCUUCCUCCUCACAGACGCCACAUCACCACUCUCAAUUGAUAACCAUCCCUCUCACACCCGGGCUUUAGAAGAAAACUCCACCGCCCAAGUACCAGCUCCAAAUUCCUCCGGUACUUCUCCUAUCCCCGAGAUUUCAAAAGUAAGUUAUAUUUUUCGCUUUAUUUUUCGAAGAACAGCUGUAUCGGUCUAUGUAACAACUGUCUUUAUCCUGUCACGUGCCUUAAGUUGCUUUUUAGUGUUUGUCACGUGACCUUUGAGAGGUUAUAUAAAAUCAAAUUUUCUCUCUCUUAGGGCUUAAUAAGGAAAAUUUCCAAAUUUUGUUUUUUUGGAGAAGUUUCUAUAAGAGAUUUGCUUUAUUGUGUUUGAAGUUGUUGAUCUUGAUCAAUUGGUACUUGGUUGGAUCUUACUAUUUUUGUAGCUUGGUAGAUUUACUUGGAGUUGGGAUGCUUUUUUGGGGAAAUAUGUGGAAUUGUUGAUGGUUUUUGUGCUAGGAAGGAGAGGAUAAGGGCAUCCAAACCGUUUGAGAACUUGGUGGCCCAAGCUACUAACUGCAAACAGCAAACAGCACCGAACCUGAGCUCUGGGGCUGGAGGCACUUACAUUUGGAAGUUCCAUGUCCUCAUUCUAUGAUUUAGCGUAAGACGUGAAAUACAGUGGUGAAAAUGGAAGAAGUUGAUCUUAGUCAUGUGAAGUCAGAACGCGGAUUAAAUGGAUCUUUUAUCCAAAACGGAGAUAACCACUCAUCUUAUUUGGCCCCUCCUGGGUGGGAUGUCCAACUUGGAGCAGAAGUAUCUAACAAUGAUAUAUCAAAUGCAUUAAGCAUUGAACACAAUGAAGAGGCCAAUAUAUUAGAAACAACACAAACUCCUAUUGAAGAUACAAAUUUCUCUUCAUCACCUAUAUGUCCGGCACCAAUAUGUCGACAAUUCUGGAAAGCUGGAAACUAUGAAGAUGCGCUGAAGUCUAAAUCUCAUGUUCAAAGUAGGCAAAAUCACUUGCAUGUUCACCCAAAGUUUCUCCACUCAAAUGCAACUUCACAUAAGUGGGCUUUUGGAGCUGUUGCAGAACUUCUUGACAAUGCAAUGGAUGAGAUACAAAAUGGAGCCUCUUUUGUAAUUGUAGAUAAAAUUUCAAAUCCAAGGGAUGGAUCCCCAGCCUUGUUGACUCAAGAUGAUGGUGGUGGAAUGGAUCCAGAGGCAAUCCGGCGUUGUAUGAGUUUUGGUUUUUCGGACAAAAAAUCUAAAUCGGCAAUUGGGCGAUACGGUAAUGGAUUCAAAACCAGCACCAUGCGACUUGGAGCUGAUGUUAUAGUUUUCACUCGGCAUUUGAACGACAGGACAUUGACUCAAAGCAUUGGUCUCUUGUCAUACACGUAUUUGUCACGAACAGGCCUAGACAGGAUAGUGGUACCUAUGGUUGAUUAUGAGUACAACGUCUUAACUGAUACCUUUGAACCUCUACAUCGCUAUGGUGGAGAGUAUUUCAAGUCAAAUUUAUCCAUCAUUUUGCAAUGGUCACCAUAUCAAAGUGAAAACGAGUUAAUGAAGCAGUUCGAAGACAUUGGGGCACAUGGAACCAAAGUUAUAAUUUUCAAUUUGUGGUUUACGGAUGAUGGGACAUUAGAGUUUGAUUUUGAAAGUGAUCUCGAGGAUAUUCGCCUGCGAAAAUCGGAUGAUGCUAAGAAAGUAAAUGCAAAAUUGUUGAUAAGCGAAAAGCACAUUGGCAACCAAUAUCGUUACUCCCUUCGUGUAUACCUGUCCAUCUUGUAUCUACGGAUUCCCCAAAAUUUCUGUAUCAUAUUGCGUGGGAAGGUUGUAGAGCAUCACAUUAUAGCACACGAUCUCAAAUAUCAGGAGUUUAUCAUGUAUAGACCUCAAAUUGGUGGAUCGAAAGAGGAAAUAAUGACAACAAUAGGAUUUUUGAAGGAAGCUCCUGAUGUGUAUAUCCAUGGCUUUAAUGUCUACCAUAAGAACCGUCUAAUACUGCCAUUUUGGCAGGUUGUGAGCUAUUUGGACAGUAGAGGAAGAGGGGUUGUAGGGAUAUUGGAAACAAACUUUAUUGAGCCUACUCAUAAUAAGCAAGAUUUUGAAAGGACAUCACUCUUCCAAAAGCUUGAAACUCGGUUGAAGGAAAUGACUUGGGAGUAUUGGGAUCAUCAUUGUGGACUUAUUGGGUAUCAGGUUAAAAAGAAGGCUCCAGUAGCCUCACUUGUGUCGUCCUAUGCUGAUUCCAAUGUUCCAAGAUCUAUAAGUGUGGAUACAAGUUCAAAAGUGAGUCGAUCACUAGUUGGUAGAGCUGAUCCUGUGUUUAGUUUACCUGCUGGAGAUCUGUUAGCUGCUCGAAACAGAACCCAUCGGGAGUCCGGAGUCAAGAGGACGCAAGACGAUUUUUUGUCUAAUCUUGGAAGGGGAAGAAGGCAAAACCGGGAAGAACCUAAGGCUCCAUGUGCUGGACGCCUGAUGGAUGUUCAGCCCGUCGCUCUAGAUGCAAUGCCACAGAAUCAACAUGAGGCUAUGGUAGUGAGGCAGGAUCAUAAGAAGCUUAAAGCAAAAUGUUUAGAAUUAGAGAGGUCUGAAGAACAGCUUAACUACAAGGUAUCACGGCUUGUAAGCGAGCUCGGAGAGGCACGGCUAGAGUAUAAAAGGAUGUUGGCUGAGCUUGAGGCACUUGAGGUUGUCAAGGCUGAAAAUAAUCAGGGACGUUGCUGAGCUAUUGAGGAUGAACCCAUUUUGCAAUUGACUAGAUGCGAGGCCACAGGGUAUUUUCUGUUUGUCUCUGCAGAUCCUAAACAAGCGUCGGUAUUAACUGCAGAAUGGAUAUUCAUGGCUAGUGCCGCGAGUUAGCUUAGGGAAUGAUGCCGGAUAGACAGAGAGUUUGCAAAGAUGAGGCUGUUUUUACUCAAUUGUAGAAGAAAUUCUAGGAGGAUAGACGUGAUCUCGACUAGAGCGUUGUAAAUUACAAUGUAAACAUUAGAUUAUGUUCUUUCGAGGCGCAGGGACAUCUAAUUCUUUGCAACCCAAUUUACCUUUUAAAAAAACGCAAUGUAAUACUUUGUAUCAUUAGUGUAUACUACGCGUUUUUUGCUUGAAA